AUGCCAACCAUAUAUUCGUCGUUGUACCAGACAUUUAUCCGUCAAGGAUUUGCCAAGUCUUUUACCCACGGCUAUGCGCAGUCUGUCGUUGCCGCCACCCAUCCCCAUGUCUUGAGCCAGCAGAACCGGCCGUCGUUUGCGCGGCGGAAUAGCAACCGGUUCGGUCGCAUCCAAGCACUCCAGCUCCAGAGUGCCUUCCACACGACUUCGGGCGCCCCGGAACACAGGCCUGCGCUCAGCCAUGGCGGCCUGGAUGCUUACUACGAGCAUCUCCAGAGCCAGAUCUCCGACGAGGCUGAGAACGAGUGGGUUCAGUUUCAAUUCCAGCGCCGCAUUGAGUGGAAGCCGUCACCAGCCUCCGUCCUCACGGGCAGCGAGGAGAAGCUCAACAGCAUUGCCGAGACAGAAAAUGAAGGGGCAUCCGAGGUCCUGCUGGCAGCACCGCCCGCAGUGCCCACCGUCGAUGCUACCGCAGAAGCGAGUGGGCGGGCUGCUGUACAAGAGACAGCAGCAGUGAACGAGGUGGUGGUGGAAGAUGGUGACACAGCAGAAUCAGAGGCUGCAGACCAGGCAGCCCUGGCACAGAUCGAUGCAGCUCUUGAGAAAGAGAUCGCGGCUCGCAAGCAGCGCUGUGCUCUGGAAGAGGGGCACACGCAGACUUCAGCUACAGCAGUCGAGGAGCAGAACGUGCUUUCUGCCUCGCCGGCCGCCCGGACUGCCACGCCAGCCACUGACCGCCAAUCACGGACCUACGCCGACCACCUUACCUCGCUGUCCGAGGCUGGCCGCUAUGCUGAGAUCCCUGCUGUCUUCGAGGCCAUGCUUGUGGCGGGCAUUCGUCCCAUCGCCACUGCCUACAACGCCCUGCUGAUGGCGGCCAUCCACUUGCCUAUCGGCCGGAUGGAGGUCAUCUCCAAGGCCCUGGACGUUUACGCCGACAUGAUGCGCCGUAAGAUUGCACCGGACAGCGAUACCUUUGACAUCCUGAUUGGCCUGCUCGCCUCUCGUUCUCUCGAGCUGUCGGUCAAGUUGCGGUCUCUCGAAGAGAAGCGGAUGCGGUAUGGCGGCAUGGACGAGCCUGGCAAGUUCAUGUUUGCCUCGCACGAACUCGAAAAUGCCAUCGCUUCGGAGGAGGACCGCUUGGACUACGCCAUCAAGCUGUUUGAGGCGUCCGUUGCUGUGCAGAAGGCCUCCUACUCGUCCGAGACGUAUCACCAGCUGAUCUCGGCAUGUGCCCAGGCUGGCCGCCUCUCGGAUAUGCUCCAGCUCUUCGGCCACAUGGAGACGAACAAAGUCACGCCCUUCGCAGCCACGUUCCCGGCCAUGAUCCAUGCCUUUGCCAGCUCUGGCGACCUGAUCAGCGCUGUGGAGUGCUACGACGAGUACCGGAACUUGGCCAUCUCGAACGAUGCCGGUGAAAACAGCCUGCUGGACCGCCUUGAUGCUCAGGUGUACGCAGCAGUGAUCAACGCGUACAUUGUCUGUGACAAGCUGCCCGGCGCCAUGAAGUUCUACCAGAAGAUCAUCGACGAGUAUGGUCCGCGCACGACUGGGAUGAAGGACGUUCUGGUCAGCGCCGGCUUUGUGCAAGGCUUUGCGAACCGCGGCAUCUAUCCGACAGCUCUGGAGUGGGCACAGGGUGUCGAGCAGAGCGUGAGGGUGCAGGCUCUGAGCGAAGUGGCCGUCUUGGCUGCCGACCAUGGUGAGCAGGCCACUGCUAUUGCAGCCUUCGCGGCCCUGGUCGAGAUCGCUGGCGCCGAACACGCGGCCAUUGCGAGCCCGACAACCGCUCUGCUUGCUCUUCACAUCCGGCUCGGCGAUGUUGCCGGUGCGGCGAAGUUUUGGCAGAUGCUGCGGAACCCGCUCCUGGAAGUGUCGGCGUCUCUGAUUGAGCCGACGGCCAUGUAUGCUGUGGCUCUCAUUGGGUCUGGUCAGGUGGCCAAGGGCUUGAUGGAGUCGGAUACGAUGUUUGAGCGUAUCCGCCAGUCGAGGGAGGGCCAGGUCAAGGUUUCGAUCACUGACGAGAUCGAGGAAGGAGUGGCCUUUAUCAGUCGCUACAUGCAGGCACGAAACAUUGUGGACCCCAGAGAAGAUGCGGCGUCGACAUAUGGCGCGUCUCCGUUCUCGUCCACGCCUACGGUGUCGAGCUUUGAGGACCACAGCAACUUCGAUCCCUACGCACACAACACGGAUUUCAAGGGCUCGUCGCUUAUCUCAGACGAUCUCGAGGGCAGCCACGGACGGAAGGGACCGAAACUCAAUGAGGCUUUGGCCCGGUUUCGCAACAUGCGUCGUGCAGGCCGCCACCCAAGGUACAUUACAUAUGCCAAGCUGAUCUCGGCUGCGUCGCGCGAGGGCAAGAUGGAUCUCUGCAACAACAUCUUGGCCAUGGCCCGGACGGACGUGCCGUUGCUUCCGCAGUACGCUGUCGUUCGCUAUGGCUGGUCGUCUAUCCUGGAUGCCAUGGUCGGUACUUCUCUGUCGGUCGGCAACCGGUCUCUGGCCGAGCAGUACCACCAGGAGCUGCUCAGCUUUGGCUCCGCGCCUUCUGCAAACACGUUUGGUCUCUACAUCACGACGCUGAAGGAGUCGACUAAGACGUUUGACGAGGCAUCAGAGGCAGUCAAGAUCUUCCACCGCGCCAAGGCAGAGGGGGUUGAGCCCAGCUCAUUCCUGUACAACGCGCUCAUUGGCAAGCUGGGCAAGGCACGGCGUAUCGACGACUGCCUGUUCUACUUUGCAGAGAUGCGGGCACUGGCGAUCAAGCCGACGUCGGUGACGUAUGGCACGAUUGUCAAUGCUCUGUGCCGUGUUUCGGACGACAAAUUUGCCGAGGAGCUGUUUGACGAGAUGGAGGCGAUGCCCAACUACAAGGCGCGACCGGCGCCGUACAACAGCAUGAUGCAGUUCUUCCUGACGACGAAGCGGGACAAGGCCAAGGUGCUGGCGUACUACGAGCGCAUGCUUGCGCGCAGCAUCACGCCGACGUCGCACACGCACAAGCUCUUGAUCGACACGCACGCGACUCUGGAGCCGAUCGACAUGGCAGCGGCCGAGGCUGUGCUGGAGCGGAUUCGUGCUUCGGGGCAGAAGCCGGAGCCGGUGCACUACGCAUCGCUGAUCCACGCGCGCGGCUGCAACAUGCACGACAUGGAGGGGGCGCGACGCAUCUUCGACUCGGUGAUGGACGGCUCGGCCGUGACGGCAAACGCAUCUCUCUUCCAGGCGCUGUUCGAGGCGAUGGUGGCCAACCACCAGGUGGCCGAGACGGAGCCGGUGCUGGCCAUUAUGCGCAAGAGGGGUGUCGAGCUGACGCCGUACAUUGCCAACACGCUGAUCCACGGCUGGGCAGCAGAGAACGACAUCGCCAAGGCUGCUGAGAUUUAUGCGGCUGUCGGUCGCAACCGGCGCGAGCCCAGCACGUACGAAGCCAUGACGCGGGCAUAUCUUGCGACCGAAGAGCGGGAGAAGGCGCAGGCGGUGGUGUCGGAGAUGCUUCACCGAGGCUACCCCAGUGCGGUGGUGAACAAGGUGCUGGAGCUGCUUGGUGGUGGCCAUGCGACCGAAGCGGCGAGCGUCACUGUUGCCGAGUAA